CGAGCCCUCGGCGGGGCGGGGCGGGCCCGGAGCCGCCCCCGGCGGAGCCGCGGGAGCCGCGGGCAGCGGAGCGGGAUGAGCGAAGACUUCCCCAGCUGAGCUCUCCCAGCGGCUCCUGAGCCAAGAGCUGCGUGUGGGGAGGCACCAAAUGGUCUCUGUGAGCUGCCAGGACCUGCUGCCCGCCCUGCCCAGCCCUUCCCUGCUCGAGAGCCUGGCCAGCGCCCUGCAGUGCAGGAUGCCACCGUCCCUUCUGCCAGGACACGGCGGUGACAGGACAUGCGGCCACGCAGAGGGCUCCGGGCACGUCCUGGCGGGCAGCCCCGGCCACGCCGAGGGUGUCCCGCUGCCCGGCGCCAAGGGGGAGCCCCCAACCCAGCUCAGCGAGGCUCAGCUCAGGCUGCCCGACUUCUGCCUCUCCCAGGACUUCAUCCCCACGCUGGAGGAGAUCGAGGAGUUCCUCAGGGAGAAGGCAGAGCUCCCCAGGGAUGAGGCAGGAGAUCCUCACCCCGCGGGGUGGAAGGUGGAGAGCAAAGCCGAGCUCGGCUCUGGGGCACGGCCCAUCCCCAGGGCGCACGGAGGAGGAGGAGGAGGAGGAGGAGGAGGAGGAGGAGAACACGUCCCAGACGCUGCGGGGACAGCUGCUGGUGACCAGGCGCUGGCUGCUGGCAGCAUUCCCGUUGUCCUGCAGCUCCAGCCUCUCCCCGUGGACAGCGCCAGCCCUCCGGCACAGCCCGGGGGUGUCAGGGUGGCCCAGCUGCUGAUCAGCCUGCAGAGCCCAAACCUGCCCCUCCUCCCUCAGCUCCAGCCCCCUGGCACCAUCCUGGACCAAAAAUACGUCCGAAUUGCCCCGCUGCCGGUGGCCACGGGCCCCGGGGACGCCGAGGCAGCCCCCAGGUGCCAGCAGGGCCCCCCCUCCCUGCUCCGCACGCACCGCUGCUCCCACCCGGGCUGCGGGAAGGUUUAUUCCAAGAGCUCCCACCUGAAGGCUCAUUUCCGCCGCCACACGGGGGAGAAACCCUACACCUGUGCCUGGCCCAACUGCGGCUGGAGGUUCUCCCGCUCGGAUGAGCUCUCCCGCCACAAGCGCUCCCACUCCGGGGUCAAGCCCUACCAGUGCACAGCCUGUGAGAAGAAGUUUGCCCGCAGUGACCACUUGGCCAAGCACUUGAAGAUCCACCGGGGCCAGCCCUGCAGCCCACGGACGCUUCCAGGGGGGAGCAGGAGUUAAUUCCUGCUGCUCAUCCCUGCCAGCCCGGCCAGAGCCAGGGAAACAGAGCAGAAACCGCUGCUGAGGAGGGGGAAAUGACUCCCGGACAGACAGAAGGCUUUGUUGUCCCUCUUUUCAAGGGUGGUGAUAUUCCCAAGGUGUUUCUGGCCCUGCUCUUUGAAAUACACGUGAUGGAAAUCA